AUGCAGACUUCCAUGCUUCCGAUGUCAGAGAAGGAGACCGCAGGGGCGGACUUGGAGGAUGCAACGGCGAUAGUGAAGCUUCUGAAGGCGGCAGGAUUCAGUGCUGCUGCCAUCCUAGAGCUCGGCCACUCCGCCGCCGCCCUGCGCCUCGCGGGCUACGACGUUUCGGAGCUUCGAGCGCUGGGCCUGGACACGAAAGGACUACGAGAAGCGGGAUACUCUGCCAAAGCUCUACAAGCUUCAGGCUGCACUGCGCCUGAGCUCAAGGAUGCAGGGUAUUCCCCUGCUGAGCUGAAGGACCUUGGCUUCACUGCCUACGAGCUGCGGCUAUUGAGCUUCCAGGCUGAGCAGAUGAGAAAAUCCCAGUUCUCUGCGCAUCAACUCCUAACCGGCGGAUAUAGCUCUGCGCAGUUGAAAGAAGGUGGCUACACAGCACAGGAGCUGCUGAGUGCUGGGCGAACACCCGCAGAACUGCGUGAAAUGGGGACCGGCGUGGCAGAGCUUCGAAAAGCAGGUGUGGGCGUCAAAGAGAUCAAAGAAGCUGGCUUCACUUACGUCGACAUGAUGAUCGGAGGCUUCUGUCCAGACGAGGUGCUCCUGCAGGUGCACAUUCCAUACUCUGAGAUGGGUCAUGCAGUGGCUCAUUUGUUUUCUGCUUCCGGCGCGACCGCCCAGUCGCGCCACGAUGUGACAGACGGAAAAGGGAAGCCGGAGUGGGAAAUGAUACUGCUGCAGGAAGCAUGCUUCCAACAACCGACUUACUUCCGUAGUUUCACACAAGCUGCUAUGGCAGCGGCUUUACAGCUUGUGCUCGUGGCAUGUGCCUUCCAAGAUGGCUUUGCUGAUAUCGACAACAUCUUCCCUAUUCUGUAUGCAAGCAAUCCCGUUGCUCAACACACGGCCUGCCCCACUCCUGCAGGCCAGGCAACUGUAUGCCAACUGAGUGGAUAUGAGGAAGGAGGCAGAGAUCUCCAAUACCUCAUCACUUCGUUGCCAUCCAGUGGCGCUUUGUAUGAGACUUCCCAGAACUACAGAACUUAUGGGACAGAUCCGAAAUAUGCUGCGACAUCCAUCAAGGACUUCGAGCUGCCCUUUAAAGUGACAGAUGCCUUGGGGCGAGUGGUAUAUAUUCCACCUUCCGAUGUCUUUCCGCCUGAAGGGCGCUGGGCAGCAAUGACCUACGAAGUCCAGGAGCCAGCUGGCGGAAACAAAUCACAGCCUGGCCAAGUCUCCUUCAGCAGCCCCUCGCAGCAAGUCGCGGCUUCCACCUUCGUAGGUGGCACGGACGCCUGGACUAUUUCGGGCAACAUCUACGCCACAGUGCCAACCUGGCAGGCUUUCGGAUGGGGCAUGCUCAACCGCUACCUCUACGGCACCGACGAAGUUCAGUACAUCGAUUUCGAUACCAACAGUGACAAGUCCAAGUGGUACUUCGAAGCGCCACCAGGGAAGUUCUACUUGCCUGAACUUGCCGCCUCCUACGGCGGGACGCUGCAAUUCACGAUUGCCAGCACCUAUGGUGAUUUCCAGCAUCUGAACAGCCCCCUGGAUUUCAUCACUCUAGAGUGCGCUUCGUGCAACAGCGACCGCGGGAUGCGGCUUGUCCGCUUCGCUGAUAAUGGUUUGGAAUGGACAGGUGAGGAGAAGAUCGUCCAGGUCACUCUCUCCACUGGGAACCAUUGGUGGCGAGAUCCGAUGAACGCAGCGUUGCCUUUCACGGAUGCCACGGAGUGUGAGAUCGCGGCUGUCGGGAAGCAGAACGUGCUGCAACCGUCCAGGCAGCCACCAGAUCCAACUUCCGAGCUGCUCGAGUCGAUACAGUCUGUGCUCCGGCAACAGGAGCUCCAAAUCCAAGAGCUCCUCGCGGAGCAGACUGAGUCUGGACUGACCGGCAGCAAGAAAGAUCGCCAUCUGGCCAAGCAGCUAGCUACUGAGGCGCAUGUGGAGCAUGCCAAAGGCAUGUUGCUGGACAACGAUGUGGACUCUAUCAGCACGAAGGACCUGGAGAAGGCUGCUAUUAAGAGGAUGGACACGCUUGUGGGUUUGCGGGAGAUGCCUGCUGAGUUUGCGAACCACGUGUCCGACUUUGUGGCCGGUGUCACGCAGCUAGACCGUCGUACCAGGCAGAGCGACAGCAACUUUUCAGGGGAGGGAAGACGAGGGGGUGAAGCGAAGACUGGGGAUGGCGAUGAGGUGGAUUCUUGGCUUGAGGUGCCGGGCCUAGGGCUAGAUGUUGCUUGCACUUGCUGUCGGCCCCUGCUGUGGUUCACUGAAUACCACGACCGGGCUACUUUCGACAAGGCCUUCAGCGCAGCCAGCCUUCCGAGACAAGCGGCAGCAGCCGUCCGGAGCCACGGCAACUUCUACGACCCGCCCGUCUUCGACAAGGUUAUGGCGCACCUCGACGAAGAUCUCUCGGAUGAUGUUUCAGCGACGUCACGGUUGGUGGAGUCCUUGCCCCAGCUUCGGUCAGCAAUGCGAAGUGCCGAGAUGGAGACACUUCUCCCCACAGCCCUGGGAAAGUGGAGUAUGCAGAAAUGGUUUCCGGAACCCGGUCCAUCUGCGAAGAGGGAGAAGGACGUGAAACUAUUGACACGUGUCAAGGAGCUGCUGCAGGUUCAGAACAUGCUUGCUUUCGAUCUGACAGCUUUCCUGGGACUGGACGAGUGGCAGGAGUACCAGGCUACCAUAGAGGUGGUGGCAUCCGCAAAGGCCGAUGUUAGCUUUGCUUUUGUUUUGAACGAGCAUCGCGGGAUUCCCAAGGAAUUUGAUCGGCCUUGGCCAUGUCUGACAUUCACAGUGUUAUUCACGCUGGAACUUCUUCUUCGACUUCGGACUGAAGGUAGGGGCAUGUUUUCAUGUCACAACCCCGACAUCAAGUGGAACGUGAUGGAUACCGUGCUAGUGAUGCUGGGCAUUUUGGAUGAGGUCAUGACCCGCACCUUCGCAGCAAUGAGAGACGCGCAUAACAGUCAGCUGUCAGGACUGCUGCGACUCGUCCGAGUUGCCCGUGUGCUCCGUGUGCUGCGCUUCUUCUCCGACCUGAGGGUCAUGAUUAUGGGCGUGCUGAGCUCACUGAAGGCUUUGAUGUGGGCCCUGAUACUCCUCUUCUUCAUCAUUUACAUUACGGCCGUAUGCAUCUUGCAGUUUGUGGGCGAAUAUCUCGCGGACAAUCCGCAGGACUUUCCCAGCGGACCAUUGGAAUUUGUCGGGCUGUCUCCCUUCUCUUCCUUGAGAUGA